AAUAAUGAUAAAUUGUAAAGCUUUAUUAUUUAACAAGAUAGGAUUUUAAUGAUUUGGAAAGUAUAACAAAAAUUAAGCACUGAUAACUUUUAUAAUUAUUAAAUAUGGAAAAACAAAAUUUGUAUAUGUUUCGUCCGAAAAUUGUUUCGCGACAACGCCAUUUGAAAAAAGGAAUUGGAAAUUUGCAUUUUGCACCUUUCUUAAAUGCUUCUAAUAAAUGGAUGUUAGAACGAUUCAUUGCUGAAGAUAUCAAAGAUAAUGAAAUACAAGGUUUAGACAAGACACUUGUAAUUUCCGAUAUGGUCAAUUUGAUACGAAUGAUUCAAUCGACUAAUCCGCUUCACUAUCAAGAAGAAGUGAUGAAAUACUUUCAACAGUUUCGUGUUGUUGAUGCCCUGAAACCAGAGGAAUUAGAAGUUCAAGCAAAUCUGAUUAACGGAGAGCUUAAAUUAGCUAAACCUCAAAAUCGUGCAAAGAAUAUCAAGAAAAAGUGGCAAACAUAUCCCAAAGACCAAAAUUCUAAACCAAAAAAUGUUAUUAACUUGAGAAUUAAUGAAUUGGCUAAACCUUUAUCUCGUAAAACUGUAUCCUACAAGCAAAAAGAUCUCAAAGUAUCCACAGAUCAAGCUGUGUCAUCUCGUGUAAUUGAGUUAUCCAAACCUCAAACUAGAAGUUUUUAUCGUAAGGAUGAUUCGACUUUACUAUCUAAGAAAUCUAAACCUAAAACAAAGUUAGAAACAACGAAAUAUUCUAAAAUACCAAAAGAAAUUAAUAAAUCCUUUAAUAUUAUAGAAAAAAUUAAAUCAGCAGAAAAAAUUUCAUCAACUAAAGAUAUAAAAUCUGAAGCGAAACUUAACACGAACAAAGAUUCUUCAUUUAGAAAUUCAAAAGCAGCUAAAGAUAAAAAGUCAAAAAAGAAAUUAACGAAAUAUUCUAAUAUUAAAACUACCAAAAAGAUAACAGGAAAAAACCAGUUUCAAAAACAACAAUUAGAGAAAAGAGAAAUAUCUAUUUCAAGUAAUGCUAAAAAUAUUUCGAACAAAAAUUUUUCAGAAAGAAAUAACACAGGUAAAAAACCAAAGAUAAACAAACCCGUUCAAGUAGAUUCUAAAGAUGAGAAGCAAGAACAUCUUAGAUAUAUUUUCAGUUCAAAACUAAAAACAAAUAAAAAAAUCUAAGAUAAGUUCAUCAAAAAGACUUCCUACACUGCACGAGGAAAAAGAUUAAGAGGACGAAAUGAAUUUAAUAUAUAACUAAAUCACAUUAUUAAUCACAGACACCGGUAAUUUAAUUAUAUAAUUACUUUUCAUUAUAAAAAUUGUGAUUCAUUAAUUAAAAACGAAUAUUUAAAUUCAAAUUUUUUACAAUGGUUUUUCUAAAUGUAUUCCGAGA